UCACACUCGCAUCUGGAGCGGAGGAGGAGGAGGAGGAGGAGCGCAUCCUUAAGGAGCGCGCAGACACAGAAGAAAACAUCCACAGCUCGGCCACCAUUCAGCUGGAGGAUCGGCCGGGACAAAUUCAUGGAAAUAAAAUAGAAAUCCAUUCCCUUUGCUUUUCCUUUUUUGUUUUCUGAUCACAGCCAAGCCACUGGACUCCAAAAUGGCUGAGAUGACUAAUUUGAAACCAACCUACGACGUGUCCCCAGUGCUUGCGGGUUUUCUGGGUGCGGGGUCCUGGUCGCCUCCGUGUGGUGGCAGUGUUCCUCUGGACGCGUGCUGUCAGCGGCGAUAUCGUCAAAUGACAGGCACGUACAAGCUGACCAGCGGCCCCUACGACCCCCCCGUCGACCCCCCCUACAAGUUCAUCCACAUGCUCAAAGGCAUCAGCAUCUACCCCGAGACCCUCAGCAACAGCAAGAAGAUCGUACGGGUGGGCCGGCGCUCAGGAUCGGGCUCGCUCUUGAGAGAAUGGGCUCGUGGGUCCCGAAACGGAGACGUGCUUCUGGUGGAUGCGGAUCCUGAAGGUGGCUCCUCACACCUACAGAUGAACCACUUGGUGCCGCCCAUGGGACCUCCCAGACUGGAGAGGGCGCUGCCCAUCCGGGCCGACUACUGCUGUAUGGAGAGCAGCUCUGGAAGCAGCAGCGAGGCUCCGAGUAAGACGGCGUCGCCCCACAGUCUCAACUCCCCCUCUCUGGGCACGCUCAGCCUGGCCGUCGACUACAACUUCCCCAAGAAGGCCCUCGUGGUGACCAUCGUAGGAGCGCAGGGGCUCCCUGCGGUGGACGAGCAGGCGGGCAGCUCCGACCCUUACGUGAAGAUGACCAUCCUGCCCGAGAAGAAGCACCGGGUGAAGACGCGCGUCCUGAGGAAGACUCUGGAGCCCGCGUUCGACGAGACGUUCACCUUCUACGGCGUCCCGUACAGCUCGCUGCCCGAGCUCACGCUGCACUUUCUGGUGCUCAGCUUCGACCGCUUCGCGCGGGAUGAUGUCAUCGGCGAGGCGGUGGUGCCGCUGGUGGGCGUGGAUCCCAGCACGGGACGGGCGCACAUCACCCAGCAAAUCAGCAAGAGGAACACGCAGUGUGAAAGUCGUGGGGAGUUGCUGGUCUCUCUAUCCUACCAGCCUGUUACUCACAGGCUUAAUGUGGUAGUCCUUAAGGCCAAACACCUGCCAACCAUGGACAUCACUGGCCUGUCAGGCAACCCUUAUGUUAAAGUGAACGUCUUCUACGGCCGCAAGCGCAUAGCCAAGAAGAAGACGCAUGUGAAGAAAUGCACACUCAAUCCCGUUUUCAAUGAGUCGUUUAUCUAUGAUGUUCCCGCUGAGCUAAUGCCGGACAUCUCUGUGGAGUUUCUGGUCAUUGAUUUCGACCGCACCACGAAGAAUGAGGUCGUGGGUCGCCUGGUUCUGGGUGGUCAGAGCCCUAUCCCAUCAGGGGUGACUCACUGGAGGGAAGUCUGUGACAACCCAAGGCGGCAGAUCGCCAAGUGGCAUAACCUUAUAGAGUACUAGUGUCUGCCUAAUGCGAGGGAAAAAGCGAAAUGUAUUAUACCACUUCCUUCCUGUCAGCCCUGCUAUAGAAAGAAGCCCAUUUAACAAUUUCUCCUUUUCCCUGUACAGAUAGGUGUACGAGAGGAUAAGUACGUGUGUCA